AUGUACAAAAUUGGGCGUGUUCCUCUUGGACCUGGAGCAGCUGCUGUUAUUGUCAAUGUUGUAACAAAAGCUGAUGCUUAUGUCUGGAGGCCAACCACAACUAUAUUUUCACUUGGACAAGCAAUGGGUAGCAAAAUCGCAUGGCCAGCAGACAAAGUAAUACUGGAUAACGACCAAGGCACCACACCUGAAAGUCACACAAGUGUUUCAUCGGCAUCACCGGAUAAAAUACUCAUCAUUGACUGGACUUCUGAUGAUGUGAUUGCUGAGGGUGGUUUGUUUUCAACUGAUCCCAAGCAACUGGUCAACAACAUUCCCCUUGGACCCAAUGCUGCAAUUGUCAAAAUUGAAAAGGUGCUUAAGAAGAAUGCUUAUUUGUGGAGACCUAGUCCCGAGAUGUCAACCAUUGCUGAUGCACUUCAUCAAAGUAUCGCUUGGCCAAUUCAGAAGAUAGAUAUCAUUAACCAGUCUCCAAAAAGAGUUUCGCCAUUAUCAUCUUCACCUCAGAGUGUCAGUAACAGCUUGGACACUGCUAAAUCAAGUCCAGAGAAGAAGUGCAUCUUGUUAGAUUGCUUUAACUCGGGAAAGACUAUCGCUGAGGGCCGUGUUGUUUUCACAAAUCCAGAGGAUAGAGUCCACUUUGUCCCAUUAGGUGAAAAUGCUUCCAAGGUCUUCGUUCUAGUGGCAAAGAUUGGAGAUGCAAAAGUUUGGAGACCAAAUGCAGAAGUUGAAUUCAUAUCCGAUGCUUUAGGUACCACUGUGGCUUGGCCUAAUGACAAAGUUAUAUUUGUCUGA